AUGGGAAAAGCCUUCGAUUUUGAGAUGUACCGCUACGUCCCAUCUCUCGUGGGGCCAAUCAUGGCCAUCACCGUCUUCUCUAUACUCGCUGCAUUGCAUUUGUGGCAGUUCCUGAGGAACAGGAAGGUGGUUAUGAUCUGGGUUGUUGUUGGCGCCAUUUGCGAAGUCGUAGGUUACGCUGCGCGAAUUGGAUCACACUACAAUAAUAAGUCUUGGGCACCCUUCAUCAUCCAAGGAUGCUUUAUCCUAAUCGGACCACUCUUCUUUGCUGCCACAAUUUACAUGAUGCUUGGACGAACUAUCUGCCUAGCCGGCGGGGAGGAAGUCUCAAUUAUCAAACCGAAAUGGUGUACGCGAAUAUUCGUGACUGCCGACGUGAGCACACUUAUCAUUCAGGGGCUUGGCGCUUCAAUUAUGGGAUCUAUGAAACUUGAGCUCGCAAUCGCGGGCGAUAAAAUUGUCAAAGCCGGCCUUGCAAUUCAAGUCUCAACUUUCGCCUUCUUCCUCGCUGUCGCAGUCGAAUUCCACAUUCGAAUGAACAAGACCAGCGACGCCGCGGUGACCCCUGUCUCAAAUGACUGGCGCAAGGUGCUCUGGAUUCUGUACAGCGUGAGUUCUCUCAUUCUUGCGCGCUGCGCCUGUCGUCUCGUCGAGUAUGGCAUGGGAAAUGCUGCAUAUCCAAUGGCACAUGAGUGGUACCUCUAUGUGUUCGAUACAUUGCUCAUGGUC